UGUUUUCAGUUUCCUUUCUGAAGCGGAGAAGAGAGGGAGCAGAAGCAUGGCGGCACCGAAGAAGGCGAGAGCCAGCAGGAACAAGGAGCUCAUAAAGGGCGUGGGCCGCCUGUCGAGGUCGAAGGUGUACCACAAGAGGGGUCUGUGGGCGAUCAAAGCCAAGCAUGGAGGGGCUUUCCCCACCCAAAAGCCGUCGGAGAAGCCGACGGAGGCCAAGGCUGCCGAGAAGCCGCCCAAGUACUAUCCCGCCGAUGACGUCCCCAGGCCCAUCCCUCGCAACCGCAAGCCCAAGCCAACCAAGCUCAGGGCUAGCAUCACCCCAGGAACAGUUUUGAUCCUUCUGGCAGGACGCUUCAUGGGAAAGAGAGUUGUCUUCUUGAAGCAGCUCCCUUCUGGGCUUCUUCUUGUUACUGGACCAUUCAAGGUGAAUGGUGUUCCACUGAGACGUGUGAACCAAGCUUAUGUAAUAGCAACUUCUACUAAGAUUGACAUCUCUGGUGUUAAUGUGGAGAAAUUUGAUGACAAGUAUUUCACCAAGGAGGCUCAGAAAAAGAAGAAGAAGACAGAAGGCCAAUUCUUUGAGGCCAGCAAAGAGGAAUCCAAGGUUCUUCCUCAGGGAAAGAAGGACGACCAGAAGACUAUUGACAGCCAACUUAUCUCUAAAAUAGAGGCCGUCCCAGAUCUGAAGGCAUAUUUGGCAGCUAGAUUUUCUCUCAGAUCGGGCAUGAAGCCUCAUGAGCUUGUGUUUUAAAGAGAAUCAAUUGAGAAAAUUUAGGCUUGUAGCAUCAUUUCGGAGAAAGUAUUCUUUUUGUUUUGGCUAUUGCUGGCUUACAAUGUGUCCCUUGUGGUCAAUUUUUGUUAUCGGAGAUUUCGUAUCUUUGUGUGGGAAAUGUAGGUAACUUCCAAGUAAUUCAUCGAAUAGACAUGUUGCCAUGCUUUUUUUCUCUUA